AGAUGCCCAAAGGACAACCCAAAGCAGCUAUGGCUGCUCUAGCUCAGGCCGCCAUGCCUGACCCUGCCCCGAAGCUUCUUGGUGUAGCUCCCCCCAGUUGGGGACUCCCUGCUGCAGCGCCCACCAAGGUGAUGAAGAUGGCUGCCACCAUAGCCAGGUACCGCGUGGAGCCCCCAGGUAUGGCGUCAGGUAAGUUCGCCACUACAGGUAAUGGCGGGAUUCUUUCGGCACCGACACGAGGAGCGGCUAUUUCGAAUGCGAUUGUGCCCUACCAAGCCCCUCAGAAUAGGGGUUAUGCAGGUGGGAAUGGACAGUCCAAUGGUGGUUACGGCAAUGGAGGAGGUUUUAACAGCAACUACAAUGGUGGUCAACGAUAUUCGAGGAACUGGAACGGAGGUUAUCGGGAGAGGGAUAACGACGAUAGGUUCAACAAGAUCUACGGCUUGUUAGCUGAACAGGCUGAUGAGCGGGAGCAGAGGAAACGUGAGACAGCUCAGCUGGCAUCUUUGGAGCAAGAAAAGAAGAGAUUGCAGGAGGAAGCACCGAAACGUGUGGAAGAGAAGAAAGAACGUGAGCUUCAGGAGGCAAGAUUGGGACAAAUAGUGCGUUCAAGUAUGAAGGUUGUGUGUGAGUCUGCGCUGGGGAGGAAAGUUGACCUUCCUGGUGAAGAAGAGACUGAGGUUGGCAAGUUACGAAGAGAGUUGGAAGAUUUGAAAUCAAGAUGUGGAACUACUGCAUCAUCUUCGACAUCGUCGCUUAGUCUUGAUACCUUGCGUAAGGAAAAGGAGGCGUUGCUCGAAGCACACAACCAAAGUACUGAAGAGUCCCGGCUCCGCAGGGAAAUUGACGAGUUAAAGAUGAAGAUUAAUGGUCCACCAGCCGACAAGGGUAGCGACGAAGGCUUGGCGCUGAAGCUUCAGGUUGCUGAAUUGAAUGGGUUCCGGAAGGCCCUGGAAGAAAAAAACUCUGAGCUACCAGCGCUGAAGGCCGAGAACCAACAUCUACGGGCGGAGUUUAAAGAUCUCAGAGAUGAGAUCGUCUCUAUCCGUCAGGAUGGCAAGCGUUCCUCAUCAGGUGUGGUGGAGACAAGUCCACCGGAAGCGCCAUUGCGUGGCAAGCCUUGUGCUGAAACCCAGCCUCAAGCUCAGCCGCAGUCUCAAUCUCAACUGCUAGUAGGUACUAGCGCGAUGUACACGCCCAAGGACCUUUCAGCCUUGCAAAAAGAGUACAAGGAUGCGCUUGCAGCCAAGGAAAUGGCUCUCCGAGAAGCGGAGGCGUGUAAGGAACGUAUGGCCCAGAUGGGUGCUUCGAAGUAUCGCCUAUCAACACGCAAGAUGGCGGUAAGAAGAAGCACUCCGAGGAAUCUGAAGACUUCUAUGAAUGCUGUUCAUGUUGACUCAGAUGAAGAUAAGGAGGAUGAACAGCCAAAGGCAUCAGGGGAGGAUCAACCGGUCACUGAUGUCGCACGUGAACUGGAGGAGGCCAUGAUGAACCGUUUUCGUGACAAACGGCAAAAAGAAUUACGAACAGGCAAGAAAGCUGAUCUGGAGAAGUGCUGCCAGGAUGAAGGAAUUUCCUAUAUCGAGCUUGAUCAAGCCAAGAUGGAUGUUGCGGAGAUACGAGCUCGUCAGGACUAUGACGACUGGCUCCGUACUCGCAAAGGGAAUGGGGAGGAGGAGGAUAACAAUCAGGGUUACGCCACCUCUGCUGAGGAGAUAUAAGAUGUGUGAGGACGCGCCCUGAGCGUAUCUUAUCUU